GGGAGUGGGAAGAAAUGAGGUCAGAGGGAGGUGGAGUGGGAGAGGAAAAGGAAUGGUAGCUAGCGUGAGAGGAUAGGAGAAUGGGGAGCAGGAGGGACUGUUAGAGGGGUGAGUGCGGUGAAGGGAAGGGGCAAGGGAAGGGAUGUGGGAGUGUGAUGGCUGGGGUGACGGACUGGCAAUGAUAGAGGGAGCAAGAAGGAAUGGGCAGAGACAGAGGGACUGGCAGUGGGAUAUAGAGGGAGUAACUCCGGCUGCUGUGACUGUGAUAUUUCUGGAGAGAAAAAUUGUGGAAUCUGCAGAGGAAGUGAGGCUGGUGAACGGCAGCCGCUGUGCCGGGAGAGUGGAGGUUUACUAUGGAGGAAAAUGGGGCAGAGUGCAAGGCUCCAGGAUUCAUCGCUAUGACCUGACCUGGGAUAUGAAGGAAGCGGCUGUGGUGUGUAAGGAGUUGGGCUGUGGAUACGCGCUGUCAGCACCAGGAGGUGCUCACUUUGGGAAGGGCAGAGGUCACAUUACGAUGCAUGAUGUUUGGUGCAGAGGGACUGAGUCUACUCUGAGUGAGUGUACCAGAAAGACCAGUGGUCACUAUUAUUGGAGGCCAGACCCCUAUGAUGCCAACGUCAUCUGCUCAGGUAAGUAAUUAAUUUCCUGAUCAUUUUUAGAUAAUCGUAUUUUCGGUAACGCAACAUGUGAGAAACUAUGAAAACCUUUCC